GGUUAUGAGUAUCCGAAGUCUCUGUUAAUAAUAAUGGCAAGAGUUACAAAGUUACGCACUAUAUUCUUUGCUCUUAUCAUUUACGGUGUUUUUUGGUUGAAUCUGAUGUGUGUAAUGAGGUAUGGGCCCAGGAUAAACAGAGUUACGUUGGGAGAUAUUAUUACAUUCAAGAGAAAUAUCAACGUGACAUUCAGUGGAAACACUUCCUGGUCAAGUGGUGCGGCGACUGUGACGAGUACACAUGCAACGGGUACCACGAAGCCUUUUAUCGGCACUACAUUUCGCCAUGUUACUGUCGUCGUCGGAAAGGUAGCAAACAACCGGACUAAAGCUGUAGAGCCUGUCACAGCAAAUAAGGAACAUGCCUCAAAACCAAUAAAGGUACAGGUAGCUGUUAAACCGGAUCCAAAACCAGCUGUAAACCCUCACCUGUUUAACUUUACAAUAACUAAUGAAGGGGCGUGUAAAAACCGCAGCGACAAAAAUGGAAACCUCUUCUUGGUUUUUCUCGUCAAGUGCAAGCCGGAGGAGAGAUUUGACAGGGAGCAGAUUCGUCAGACAUGGGGCGGUGUCACCGAGGUACUGGGCCAGCGUAUUCUAACUAUGUUUUUGGUUGGUCAGUCAGCAGAUCCUGCGGUCAGGGGCAUGCUCCAGAAUGAGGAUGAACGGACACACGAUUUCAUCCAGGAAGAUUUCAACGAAGGAUAUUUCAAUUUGACUUAUAAGACUCUGAUGGGAUUUAGGUGGGUCAUGACCCACUGCCCGAGAGUCAGUUACGUCGUAAGCGUAGACGCUGACAUGAUGAUUAAUGUACGGAACCUCGUCCAACGUCUCAAGACAAUGCCGAGAGCUAACUUCGCCGAAGGGAAUCUCAGGACGGGUUAUAAACCCCAUCGGGACAUAGGCUCCAAGUGGUAUGUCACAAAACAGGAAUACUCCCGUCCAAGUUACCCUCCGUGGCUGAACGGUGGGUGCUACGUCUUCUCAUCGGACGUAGCAACUCGUGUCUACAAAACAUCAGCGAAUGUUCCGUUUUUCAAGCUGGACGACGUGUACAUUGGGAUUGUGCUGGCCAAGGUGAAAGUUAAACCCAGAUUAAGCAGAUACUAUCAACAGUACAUUGUUAACAAGCAAGUUGCGUUGAGGACAGGGAUUGGUAUUGGUAUACGACACAAUGAGAAUCAAGUUAAUGAACACUUUAAACUCAUGUGGAACAACACAGUUGGAGCUCUCCUUGAAAAAGACAAACAAAAAGUGGUUUCGACAGAUUCGGCAAAAAAAACAACGCCUCCUUUAAAAACUGUUGGGCCUAAAUAGCCGAUUAAAUACUUUAUUUAUAUUGAUUAAAGAACUGAUAGGGUAUAGACAAACCACUGAAUUAUAAUUGAGAUGCCAUCCAAAAAACUUGAUAGAUUAUUGACUUCAAGAAAGUUGACAAAGUAUAAGAUAAUAUGGGUGAAAUGAGGAUAAUUAUAUUUCAGUAAAAAAUGAUUUUUAAAAGUAUUUAGUUGCCUGUACAGUAUGAGUAUAAUUAAUGUUGAAUUAAUUUUUAUUUCAUAAAGGCAUCGAGCAGAAAACUGAGCUUAAUCAGAUUUUUUUUCUUGCUCAGCAAGAAUAAGCAGUAAGCUGGUAUCCAGUUAUGCUAAGUAAUAUUUGUGUGUUCUAAGCAAUAUGUUUUUUGCUGAAAGUGUUAUGCAAUUGUGGCCAAGAACAUUGCUCGUAAAUAUAUUACAGAGUUCAAGGAUCUGUUCACUUUCUCUCAAAACGCCAUUGAAAGAGUCUGAAAAGGUUUUACACAGAAUUUGUAAAGAUAAAAAUACAUGUAUAAGCAUAGGGCUGGUUUGCUCAUGUAAUACUCCAUGUGCGUGCUGGUCUACUUGCCAGGUAGAGGUUGUUCAACUGUCGGCACUCAUAUUCUCCUCAGCUUCUGGUUAAUAAUAAUAAUAAGACUUGUAAUGCGCACAU